CGGUAUGGCCGCUCGCGCAAUCCGCGCGGCCUGCAGAGAAGCGUCUGGCUGUCGAGUUGUGGGAGUGCCGCGGGGGAGGCGCUGGGCCAAAGGGGCCCGGAAGCCUGGCGGGCGGCCGGGGGAGGGCGCGCAUCUUGGCGGAAGUGCGAGCACGGGCCGCACGUGUGUCCGCUCGCCGCGGCAGCCGCUGCGUUCGCCGGUUCUGGCCGCGGUCACCUGAGGCCAGGCGGCCCCUAGCGCUAAGCCGGCCGCGGCUCCGAGAGGCCCUCCUCUCGCCUGCCUGAGCUCCGGCCUAGGCCGGCCUGGGAGCCUCGCAGUUGGCCGCACCGGCCUUUUACGCGCCGGUGACUGGCCUUAUUCGAAGGAGGAUUUCGGUGGACGUUAGGGGACCGAGAGGGGCUCCUGUGAGAGACCGAAGUUUCCGUCCCCACAGGCCUGUCCUCGCUGAAAAGAGAUUGCGUCAGAGCCCCCGCACCCCAGAAACGAGUCAGGCCUUCAGGCGUCUCGGGCAGCCGAAAUCUCUGCCGAGAGGCGACACACACAUCCUACCGGAGAGCUCCUACUGCUCUAACUAGAGCGUUAGGGCAAAAAUCGCAAAGCCUGGGGAAACGGGCACAUCUUAGAGCUGCUGGGGCCAGUGGGAGUUUCUUACCCUCAUGGGUUUGCGGGGGAGGCUUGGCCUGUUUGGUCCCAAGCCUAGUGGAGAGAUGCGAGGGAGGUGCAGCUUGGAAAGACAGGAAAGGCACCCCAGGAGAGGGUGUGUGAAGGUAGCAGGAGCUGAUUAACUUUUUUCCUACAGUCUUGCUGGACUGCUUAGUCUAUGUCCUGCAAGGUGGACUUGAUUUUCAUGGUUUUUUCGCUUUCUCUAACUCUACUUUUCCAGGAAUCUAUCCUUCUUGAGAGGAGGAAAUGACCAAGUUCCAGGAACCAGUAACCUUCAAGGAUGUCUCUGUGGAUUUCACCGAGGAGGAGUAGGGUUGCUGGACCCUGCUCAGAGGAAGCUGCACACAGCUGUGAUGCUGGAAAACUACAGUCACUUGGUCUUAGUGGGAGACUUGAAUGAAAAUUCUGUGGAGAAUCAACAGAAAGGACUUAGGUUAUCUCUUACCUGAAUAGCUUUCCUCCUGGCAAAUAUUGGAAGAGAUGUCCAGUACAAUAACUGGGAGUCAGGAUUAAAUUGUGAAUCUUCAGUGUACAGGAACCCUGAACUAGAUGUUCCCCCUUGUCAAAAGUGGGGAGAAGCAUCUUCUCAUAUUUCCAAAAACAAAAGCAGUUUGGUGACUCUUCAGAGUGAUGAUUUAAAAAACAUGGAAAGUGAAGAAUAUUUGUUUUUGAAAGUCCCAAGCCAAAUGGCCACACAGGACUCAGUGACAUUCUGUAAGAAUGAGCCCCAAGAUCCUCAGGAAAGCAAAAUUCUGUUUGUAACUGAAGAAAGCACUGAGAGGAAAAUCUCAGAGAGCAAAAGUCCUCCCAUCGACCAUUGUUCAGAGAACCUUCAAAAUAAACUUGUGUCUGAUGUAAAAGAAGUGGUCUCGCCCUCAUUCAGAGGUGAGACAAUAUGCCAGAUUGGCCAGUCGAAAGAAUCCUUGGAUCCCUUUGACUGUAAACACAAGGACAUUUGUGGUUGGAAGUCAUGGGUGAUCAGUUGUAGUCAUCAGAGAGCUCAUGCAGAGGAGAAGCCCUGCACCCAUUAUGACUGUGGGAAAAUAUGUACCACCAGCCCAGGUGGUCACCCAGGUGAGAAAAUCCACACUGCUGAGAAACUAUACAGAUGUAGUCAGUGUGGUAGGGACUUCAGUGAGCGCUCAGAGCUAGUCCUUCAUCAGAGGGAUCACACAGAAGAAAAGCCCUACAGAUGUGAUCAGUGCGGGAAGGGCUUCACAAGAAGCUCAAGUCUCCUUAUCCACCGCGAAGUCCAUGCAGAUGAGAAGCCUUAUAAGUGCGACAAGUGUGGGAAGGGCUUCACGAGGAGUUCAAGUCUGCUCAUUCAUCACUCAGUCCACACAGGCGAGAAGCCUUACAAAUGUGACAAGUGCGGGAAGGGCUUUACUCAGAGCUCCAAACUGCACAUCCACCAGCGAGUGCACACUGGAGAGAAGCCCUAUGAGUGCGGGGAGUGUGGUAUGAGCUUCAGUCAGCGCUCCAACCUGCACAUCCACCAGCGCAUCCAUACGGGGGAGAGGCCCUACAAGUGUGGAGAGUGUGGGAAGGGCUUCAGUCAGAGUUCAAACCUUCACAUCCACCGAUGCUCACACACGGGGGAGAAGCCUUACCAGUGCUAUGAGUGUGGGAAGGGCUUCAGCCAGAGCUCAGACCUCCGCAUCCACCUCAGAGUCCACACUGGGGAGAAGCCCUAUCACUGCGGCAAGUGCGGGAAGGGAUUCAGCCAGAGCUCCAAACUCCUCAUCCACCAGAGAGUCCACACUGGAGAGAAGCCCUACGAGUGCAGCAAGUGUGGGAAGGGCUUCAGCCAGAGCUCCAACCUCCACAUCCACCAGCGGGUCCACAGGAAAGAUCCCCAUUAAGUGAGGUCUUCAAUCGCAUGCUUGUACUCUGAAGACUUAAAUAUUUUUAACAUCACUCUUAGUUUUAUAUUCUCAGGAUAUAGUAAGAGUUAUUCAGAUAACUUCCCUCACUGGAAAACCAUUUAAAGUAUUUAACUACCAAGCACUUUGUUAUGCUACACAGUGAAUUGAUUGCCCUUGUUCCUCAGAUGGGUAGAGUGAAAAUGUCUAUACUGUGCUGUUCAGUCAGUGUUACUAGAACUACAUACCCUACCCAGCAUUUUUAAGUGCAAGAACCUUAUAUUUCUCCAAGCAGAACAUGUUUCCUUUGUUCACAUUCUCUGAGAAAUUGGAACUUUGGCUUCUCUUCAAAUCACGUGCCUUGUGUUUUCCUAUUUCCUUCCAGCCCUGAGUAGCCCUCUCUAAAUUCUGGUUAUACAAUAUGUUAGUUUUAGGUUGAGGGGGUGGUUGGAGGUAUAAUGGGCAUGGAAAUCUGUUAUUGCACACACGUACUACAGUCUGUGGCCUCACAAGAACGUGGAGAAGAGCUACUCGUGCAGUACACCCCACACACUACAGGAUGUGGGACCCCUCCCUCUCCUCCCCACAAGGCAACUGCUCAAGAACAUAAGUAGUUCUUUUUCCUGGGUGCAGCUAGUCUGUUGGGGUGCUUCCAGGUCUUGCCAUCUCAGAUGACACCCCCACCAAAUUAAAGCCAAGUAGGGUACCUACACCAUGUUGAAACAUGUUAAAUGAAGUUGAAAUAUAUUUAAAUGUAUUUAAUUUGUCUCUCAACACUGAACCUCUCUUAUUUCCUUAAAUUUCUUCACCAUCCAUGUUCUGAACCAAACAAAGGAGUCAGGAGAGGGAGUUCUGAUAUUUUUCUCUUCAGACUCAACUUGUUUUAAUAUUUCAUAUACCCCCAAAAAGUCAUUUGUAUUUGCAGCAUCGUUAUUGAACCAGACUUGGGUCUGCUUGCCCAUGCACAAUAAAGCCAAUCUACUUACACUGGGUUGUGAAGGAAGUGCACCAUUUACUGCAGGGCACCAAACAAGGGGUCCAAGCAGCUAGUGCUCAAAAGGCCUAAACUCCCUGAUGGCUUUCAGGGAAAGAGUUUAAAAGGGUGAGGAAGGGGGGACUGGGGUGCAUGAUCAGCUCGUGGACAUUCUUCUGAUUGGUUGGUGGUGAGUUAAUCGAGAGUCAACAUUGUCAAUCUUCUGUUUCCAUCCUUUCUGGGGUCUAAUUGCUUGUGGGCAGCAUACAGUUAACUUCUUCCACCUGGUGGCAGAUUCAGUAUCUGCAAAACAGCUCAAAGGACAUUGCUCAGAAUAUUAUCUAUAGCCCUUCAGGAGGAACUAUAGGUCCUUGACUUUAUUUAAUGGCUAAACUAUUGUUAUUUUGUCUUGCUUGACUGUUUUCCUUUCUUUCUGCAUUUUCUCACUUCUCUGAUUAAAUUUACUCUUUGGAACUC